AGGUGUUCAUAAACACAGAAUCGGGCCCACUCACCUCUCCUUUUUCAGAUCUCUCUAAUUUCUCUCUCUCAAUCACAAUAUUAUACAUAUUUGUAUUUUUCUUAAUAAUUUUUACUUUUACCGGCGAAGAUUCUCCGGUCGGGCAACGCCGCUACAAUCUCUGUUUCUCACUAAGCUCCGUCGCAGUUUUGAAAGAUGGCAGGCCAAGGCCAGCGUUUGAAUGUAGUUCCAACUGUCACGAUGCUAACAGUUGUGAAAGCUCGACUUGUUGGUGCAACAAGAGGUCAUGCUCUCCUCAAGAAGAAGAGCGAUGCUUUAACUGUGCAGUUUCGUCAAAUACUUAAAAUGAUUGUCUCUACUAAAGAAUCAAUGGGAGAGAUAAUGAAGGCAUCCUCAUUUGCUCUUACUGAAGCGAAGUAUGUUGCUGGUGAUAAUGUUAAGCAUGUUGUCCUAGAGAAUGUCAAAACUGCAUCUCUUAAAGUUCGAUCUAGACAAGAAAAUAUUGCUGGUGUGAAGUUGCCCAAAUUUGACCAUUUCACUGAAGAUGAUACCAAGAACGAUCUUACUGGAUUGGCUAGAGGUGGUCAGCAGGUUCAGGCCUGUCGUGCUGCUUAUGUAAAAGCUAUUGAGGUUCUUGUUGAGCUUGCUUCACUUCAGACCUCAUUUUUAACACUCGAUGAGGCAAUCAAGACAACAAAUCGUAGGGUUAACGCAUUGGAAAAUGUUGUGAAGCCUAAAUUGGAGAACACAAUCAGUUAUAUCAAAGGAGAGCUCGAUGAGCUUGAGAGGGAGGAUUUCUUCAGGUUAAAGAAGAUACAGGGUUAUAAGAAGCGGGAACUCGAGAGACAGCUAGCAUCUGCCGAGCAGUUUGCUGAGGAACAAGUUGCUGAGAAAAUUUCUUUGCAGAAAGGAAUUUCGCUAAAAUCAGCUCACAACAUGUUGUCUGCUGCAAUGGAGAGGGAUGAAGAUAUUGUUUACUGAUGCAUUGGUUUAUACUUUAUUUCUUCAAUGUGUGGAUUUUGACUGUUGUGCUUUUUUCUUUUGGUGGUGCAAAAUUUCUUAGCCAAGCGGAGAAGGUAAUCAGAGAAUUUACGAGUAUUUCUCAGGAAUAAAUAACCUCUAUGUGCCUAUUUAUUGUGUAUUAAUUACCUAGCUUUCAUCCUUGUAAUGAUGUAGAAUAUAUUUUUUCAAAACAAUGUGGAAUAUUUGUUCUCA